AUGGCGAAUGAAUUAAACGUUGGCAUGCGCAGUUUCGGGGAGGAGCUUUUAAUGGAGAGUCCAAGGAGCUGUUGUAGCUUUCGAUCACUUCCUACCUUCAGACCCAAUUGUACAUCACUAAAAGCUGUCUCUGUGAAGGAACUGGUGACGAUCUUUCCCUAGCAACUGAAGUUCCUCGCACAACUCUGUCGAGGAGACUGGAAUAAAGAGGGCUCGAGAGGGCUUCCUUCUCAUUUGGAUGCUCUCAGAAAUUCUCUUUGCUAUGGGCAACAUCAACGUUUCCGUAGUCCAUUUACCAUACACCCUUUCAUCGUGAGCGGUGUCUUUAUAGUAAAUGCCAGGGGAGAGAUAAGCUGA